AACAUAUGAUUUUUGUCAACCUGAAAAUUCUUAUCACACGAGCCUCCAGUAUUUUCCAAUUCACAAUUCAUCGUAUUUCAUAACAAUUUAUAUAAAAAAUUUUAUUGCCAAAGUUGCAUCAAACAUCCAUGGCAUCGCAUACUUUCAGUCAAAAGAAAUUUAUUCCAACACCUCCAGAAAAAGGAAGUUUUCCAUUGGAUCAUGAGAACCUCUGCAAGCGAUACUAUUUUAAGUACAUGACUUGCCUUCGAAAGAAUGACGACAAUAAUUCCCAGUGCCGAUUAGAAGCCAAAGAAUACCUAUCCUGUCGUAUGGACAAUAAUUUGAUGGAAAAUACUCAAUGGUCAAAAUUGGGCUUUGAAGACGAUAGCAAAAAAACAACCAAUAAGCAAUAA